UCAUGCACGUCUCACGCAAUCACAGGGACCGUCUGCUCCGAACUGCCCUCAAAGUCUUCUAUAAAAAGUGUGUUUUACAAUAGAAAAUCAGUCAGAUUAUUGACGAAAUCUUGAUUUUGGUGGAAGAAUAGAAACCCACUCUUCAUCGCUUUUUUUGAGGUUAAUUUCAUAUCAAAUUAACCAUGGAAGAGAGUCCGGAAGUGAAGACCACGGAGCCGAUUCCAGCAGCGGGCGCAGCUGGAGCUGCUGCCGGGGACGGCCAGCCAAAGACGGCAGCGCAGCUCAAGAAGGAACAAGAACGAGAGGCUAAGAAACAGGCCAAGUUGGAGAAACUUCGACUGAAGCAAGAGAAGCUGGCAAAACAGCAAGCAGAUAAGCCAGCAAAAGCUGCGGGUAAGGAGAAGAAAGAGAAAGUGGAGAAAGUGUCCGCUACGUACGAUAUACAAACACCAGCAGGAGAGAAGAAGGAUGUGAGUGGUCCCUUACCUGACGCCUAUAGUCCAUCAUAUGUUGAGGCAGCUUGGUACGCAUGGUGGGAGAAAUCCGGUUUCUUCAAACCGGAGUACGGUAGGAAGAGUGUGAAGGAGCCGAAUCCAAAAGGUGUGUUCAUGAUUUGUAUUCCACCACCCAACGUAACCGGCAGCCUGCACGUUGGUCAUGCAUUAACUAAUGCCGUUGAGGACACCCUCACUAGGUGGCAUCGUAUGCGUGGAGAGACUACACUGUGGAAUCCAGGGUGUGACCAUGCCGGCAUCGCUACACAGGUCGUAGUUGAGAAGAAACUUUGGAGAGAGAAGAAACUAUCCAGACACGAUUUGGGAAGAGAGAAGUUUGUUGAGGAGGUCUGGAAAUGGAAGAAUGAGAAAGGAGACAGAAUCUACAACCAGCUUCGUCUAAUGGGCUCGUCUGUGGACUGGGAUCGAGCAUGUUUCACCAUGGACCCCAAGCUGGUUAAGGCUGUACAGGAGGCCUUUGUCCGAAUGCACGACGAUGGAACUAUAUACCGUAGCAAUCGUCUGGUUAAUUGGUCCUGCACACUGAAGAGUGCUAUUUCGGACAUUGAGGUGGAGAAGCGAGAGUUGCCAGGCCGAGCCUUGCUGUUUGUACCGGGCUAUGAAGAGAAGGUUGAGUUUGGAGUACUUGUCUACUUCUCCUACAAAGUAGAAGGAUCUGAUGAUGAGAUCAUUGUUGCAACAACUCGUAUUGAGACGAUGCUAGGAGACACAGCCGUCGCCGUUCAUCCGAACGAUGAACGCUUCAAGCACAUGCACGGCAAGCGUGUCAUCCAUCCAUUCCGCAAUUGCUCUCUGCCCAUUGUCUGCGAUGAAUUCGUCGAGCAGGAAUUCGGAACUGGUGCUGUGAAGAUUACCCCAGCCCAUGACCCCAACGAUUACGAUGUCGGAAAACGUCACAACCUGGAAUUUAUUACAAUGAUUACUGAUGAUGGGAACAUCACUGAUAUCUGUGAGCAGUUCAAGGGGAUGAAGCGAUUUGAAGCUCGUAAGGCUGUGUUAGCCGCUCUGAAGGAGAAGGGUCUCUACAAAGAAACAAAAGAGAACCCAAUGGUUGUUCCUAUCUGUAGCCGCUCCAAAGAUAUUGUUGAGCCUCUGCUUAAGCCACAGUGGUAUGUGGACUGCACAGACAUGGCGGCAAAGGCCAUCAAGGCUGUAGAGGAAGGCCAGCUCAAGAUUGUACCAGACAUGCACAUCAAGACAUGGAACAACUGGCUGACGAACAUCAGGCAAUGGUGCAUCUCUCGUCAGCUUUGGUGGGGCCACCGUAUCCCGUGUUAUUUUAUCACUGUCAGCGAUGAUAAGGUCCCCGCCGGUGAUAACGUGGACAACAAUUACUGGGUUAGUGCCAGAACAGAAGCCUUGGCUCUGGAGAAAGCUGCAAAACGGUUCAACGUUCCAGCUGAGAAAAUCUCACUCAAACAAGAUGAAGACGUACUUGACACAUGGUUCUCAUCAGCACUUUUCCCAUUCUCCAUCUUUGGAUGGCCUGACAAGACUGAAGACCUUGAAGUCUUCUAUCCCGGUACCCUUCUAGAGACUGGUCACGACAUCCUCUUCUUCUGGGUAGCUCGCAUGGUGAUGUUUGGAAUCAAGCUGACAGACAAGCUACCCUUCAAGGAGGUGUACCUCCAUGCUAUGGUCAGAGACGCUCACGGACGGAAAAUGAGUAAAUCUCUCGGUAACGUCAUCGAUCCGAUUGAUGUUAUUACUGGUAUCACACUAGAGAAUCUUCACAAGUUACUUGACAAUAGUAACCUUGAUCCGAGAGAGAUUACCAGAGCCAAGAACGGCCAGUCGGCGGACUACCCCAAUGGUAUACCAGAGUGUGGAACAGACGCAUUGAGGUUUGCUCUGUGUGCAUACACAGCACAAGGUCGUGACAUCAACCUUGAUGUUCUACGUAUUCAAGGCUAUCGAUUCUUCUGUAAUAAACUCUGGAAUGCCACAAAGUUUGCUCUCAAGGCUCUCGGGGAUGACUUCAAGCCAGUCCCGGAGUUCAAGUCAAAUGGUUCGGAGAGUCACAUAGACAGGUGGAUUCUGAGUAAGCUAGCCAGCGCUGUGAAGGUCUGUGAGGAUGGGUGGCCAGUCUAUGACUUCCCUGGUAUUACGACAGCUAUUCACUCCUUCUGGCUGUAUGACCUUUGUGACGUCUACUUAGAAUCAAUCAAGCCUCUACUUAGAGGAUCUGACUCGCCAGCUCUUGCCAACACUCGUCAGGUUCUCUACACCUGUCUGGAUGUAGGUCUGCGUCUCAUCUCACCCAUCAUGCCGUACCUUAGCGAGGAACUCUACCAGAGAUUACCGCGCAGGACAGAGAAUGAACCUCUGAGUAUAUGUGUCACUCCAUACCCAGAAACAGCUCAGAAUCCGUUCUACAACGAGCAGCAAGAGGCCGAGGUCACACUGGUCCAGGACAUCGUGGGUAAAGCACGAUCAAUGAGAUCAGAUUACAAUCUCACCAAGCAGAAGAUUGAUACUUACUUGAGAUGCACUGACCAAGCUGUGGCAGAUACUCUCAGCCAAUACCAAGAUCUGAUCAUCACACUAUCAUCGGCAUCAGCCGUGCACUGCCUCGUUGGAACAGCGCCCCCAAGUGGCUGCGCCAUGGCAACCGUAUCGGACAAAUGUGAAGUGCAUCUACUACUCAAGGGGUUGAUCGAUUCAGAGAAGGAGAUUGUCAAACUAACUCAACGAAUCGAGAAGUUAGAAGUACAGCGGAAUAAACUCCAGCAGGCCAUGGCUGUUGCUGACUACGCUACAAAAGUGCCACAAACUGUGCAAGAUAGUAAUAAAGAAAAGAUGGUCCAAUCAGAAAAUGAAGUAAAGAAACUCCAAGAUGCGAUGGCUAUGUUCCGCUUGGUCGGCCAGGAGAAUUGACCUUUGAACUGUGAAAGGUCAUAGUUCAAAUAAGUGUGCAACAAGAUGUAUUACAGAAGGCAAGGACUCCAGAGCUAUUAUACACUUUAUAAAUAAUUGCUCUUAAUAAGCUAAGAAGAAAACAUAAUGUUCCUACAUAUGAGUUGGAAAUUUAUAAAUGUUUUCAGAGUAUUAGGCUGGGUAUUCAUUUGGUAAUGAUUUCAAACUGUCUAGUGUGUAAUUUCUAUCUGUUAUAAAGAAAGUAUGUCAGUAAGCAUCCUUUGAAAUGAUUUUGUCUGAAACGCCCCCCGCUAAAAAGAAUUCAUGAGCAACAUUUUAAUCAUCAAUGGAAGUGUCCUUUUCCCUCUUACAGAUUAAGUUCAAGGCCUGGCUGUAAACACAAACAUGGAAAUACUAUAAUUUAAACAUGCAUACUUCAUACUUAGUUUUUGACCUUUUUGUCAGCAAUGAAUCUCAAUCCUGUUUUACAUUCAAAUUUGUGCCUUUAACUACAGCCACUUCAUUUUGAUACUUUAUUGAUUCCUCGAUCAAAAUACUUGAUAAGAAAGUUGUGGAUGUAUUCACAUAAAACCAUGUCAAAUGCUUCACUUAAAGGCAGUGGACACUAUUGGUAAUUGUCAAAGACUAGCCUUCACAGUUGGUGUAUCUCAACAUAUGC